CUCACUGGUGCUCGGACCGUGUCUGUUUCUCCUCUCUCAGGAAAAAAAAAAAAUCCGUAAAGUUUGUACACUAAAACAGAGUAAACUCAUGACAGAAACCGGGUGAAGGACAGAGUGUAGGUCGAACUUUUGUUACUGCUUUCUUUUUCACUGUACGUGUGGGUUUUUAAAGACUUUAGAGUAGUGGUUUGUAAAGCGACUUUCCAGCUCCCUGGGAUUGUCUCUCAACGCGAAGUUCCCGAGAUGAACUUCGAUCCGGUGGUCGGGAAACUUCAUACCUUGAUGAUGCAGGUGAAGGUGGCCGCGCUCUUCAUCUGGCUUUGUCACGCAGCAGAACCUCCGGCAUCUCAGUGGUCCGGCGACGCAUACAAAAACCAAACCCUUCGACUACCCAAACCGUGUGUGGAGAAUGAACAGUACCUCUACCAGGGACGCUGCUGCCUCAAUUGCAAGGCUGGAACUUAUGUAAGUCUGGCCUGUGAAAGAGACCUGGAAGUAGGGAAGUGCAUUCCCUGUGAACAUGGACAGACCUACACAGAGCAUGCCAACGGGAUGUCCCGCUGUUUGCCGUGUACCCACUGCCGCUCAGAUCAGGAGGAAAUUGCAUCCUGCACCACGACUGCAGACACCAAGUGCCAGUGCAGACCGAAUACCUUCUGUGUUCCAGAUCAGGCCUGCGAAGUCUGCAAGCGCUGCGCCAAGUGUAAACCACACGAGGAGGAGCUGAGAAAGUGCACUCCCUUUUCUAACACGGUGUGUCGAAAACGGCCUCCGUCCUCUACCCCAGCCCCUCCGUCUCUCGCGCCCACCUCUGAUGCAGCAAGCAUCAUUAUUCCUCUUUGCAUUCUGAUAGCCGUCAUUAUCGUUAUCGUUAUUGCGCUGGCUCUGUGGUGGUUCAUAUUCAGGCAGCGUUCGUGUGAGAUACCAUGUUUGAAGCUCCACUGCGAGUCGAGUGAAAUUGUCAAGAUUCCCAUCGAUGAGAGUGGAGCCACAGCAGAGGAGAGACAGAAUGAUCAAAACGCGGGUCUGGAGGGCGAGGAGUCCCGCCCAGACUCAAGGCCACUGCUGCAGGAGACCCAGGCUGGGAUGACCAAGGCCUCCCCUCCCCUCGAAGAUGAAGACCGAGGAUUAGGGGACAGUUUGCCCAACACCACUAGUUCAUCUCAAACUAGCCUGUCAGCCCUGCCCACAGCAGUCUCCAACACCCCACACCAGAGCCCGACUACCUUCAGACAGCUGACUGCAGAUUUGGAUGAUCCUCUGCGAUAUCGACUGGUGCCACUACAAGGUUCAGAAAAGUCCCUGAGGAAGAGCUUUGAUUUGUUCGACGAGUACUUGGACUUGCGGAUCCACAACAAAUUCUUCAGAAUGAUUGGAGUCAGUGACAACCACAUUCGGCUUGCAGAGAACGGCGCCUCCAGUGAUAAAGUGUAUGAACUGCUGAAGAACUGGAUGCAGAGGCAGGGACUCAGAGCCGACAUCAAUGACCUGCUAGACACUUUGCUGACUAUGGAUCAGCGACGUUCAGCCGAGAGCAUCGCCUCUGAAGCUCUCAGAAGGGGCUACUAUAAGCAUGCAGACACACCCUGAAAAGCACCAGGGACUUCAAAUGAAGUAAACACAAAGUACUCAAUACAAGAAAAGCACAUAGACACUGGCAGCGGACGCUGUGUCUCAUGAACAGGCUUACCUCUUUUGUGGCUGACCGGCCAUGUAUUCAAAAGCCAGUAGUUUUAAAAAAAAAAAAAAGAUGAAAAAAGAUAAACACAAAAAAGGGGAAAGUCGCGCUGUGUUGAUGAAUGGUCAGAGGAUGCUAACCUCUGGCCAAUCGCUGAAGCGUAACCAUGAAAACAAAAAGUUUGUAACAAUGUUUUCAAAAAGAGCACAAGAGCAUGAAGGUGUCAACUUCCGCCGGCGCUUCGGCUGCAUGUUUUAAGCUGUAGAGAAGCGAAGCCAAGUACUGAAAGCUAAGAAGUCUUUGUGUUGGUCAUCCACCCAGAUGAUGACACACUAGCAGGAGAUAAGGAUAUACACUGGUUUAUAGGAGUGGCAUUAGUGAUGUCACAAAUACUGUGCCUCUUCGAUGCACUGACCUCAGGCACACGUAGGAUUUAAAGCAAGACACGCUCUGUUAGUUGUGCUGAUUUUGACUGCCGUGUAUCCGUCCAUGAACAUUUUUCUGGCUAAUGAUUGGACGAUAUCCUCCGUUUUGUUAUAACAAAGGUUAACUUGCACCCUUACUAAUCACAAACUUGACCUUUGCUGCGCUGUUUGAAUAUCUACAUUUACCUAGGUGUCUUUUUUUAUAUGCGAUUUAGUUGUUGUUUUCUACAAUCCAGUCACAUCAGAAAUAGUUUCAGUGUUACCACUCACACAUGACACAGAAGAAGGAUUUUCACCAGCUGUUUCUGUCGGGACAACGAUUAAUGGUUUAGUAAAAAUGUGUCCUUAAAAGUUGGAUAAUUUCAAAAGGUCAUUUUAUUUAUUGAUAUAUUUAUUGUAAUAAGAUAAUAGUUAUCUCUUACUGUUUAUAGCAUUGUCGAAUGACCCUGAAAAACACACACACAGUAUUUGUGCUGUCAGGAUUUGUAGCUCCAGGGCAAAAUGACUGAAAUCAAAUGUGUCAGGUUGUAGUUUCAGCUCGUAGCGUUUUGUUAGAUUCUCUUCCUGCUCACAGCGCUGGGUUUAGUGCAGCGCUCCGGUCCACGCCUCGGACGUGUCAGUGAUUUGAGUGCCGUCUCUUUCCGAGCGAGUUUCCACUGAGGCAACGGCGGGCGCAGUGUCGAAGCUUCCGUGAUGCCCAACGCUGGCUGCGUCUUUUCAAAUUGGGCUUUUUAGUGAGUCGACUGACCAGAUGGUCCCGUCAUAUCAGCAGCCACACAGGGUGCAGGUACGGAUUGUUUUGCCUCACUUAGAUUCAGACAAGAUGAAGGAAACCUUUUCUGGAUUCAAAAAGAAGUUUUAUUUCCCCCAAUUCUGCCCUAUGUAUACGUCCAGAGAGCUUAGAAGUCUCGCAAAUUAUAUAUAUGUAUAUAUGCAGCUAUAUUAACAGACUAAAAUGAAUAUAGUGAGGUAUGAGGUUAUUGAAGACUGAAAAACAAAUUUUUUUAACUCGAUUUUUUUUUUUUUUUUGCCCAUUUUUCUGCAGUUUCUCGUGUAUAAAGAAAAGAGUUACAGAGUUAUAUAUUGUUGCUAAAGAAUGAUGAUACAGUGCUGGCACUGCCAUCUACUGAAAGACAAUGAAAAUACAGCCUGCAUCAAUUUCUAGGGACCCUGGACGUCCUUUUUCAUUCUCCCUUUCCAUCCAGUUUUUCAGUUGGUAGCAUUUUAGUUUUCUUUUUUAAAAUCCCUAAUAGCCUUUCCUGGUGUUGUAUAGCAGUGAAAAGGCUUUCAGUGCAUGUUUUGUUUAUUUGGGCAAAUCAUGUUUUUGUAAUAUUUCUGUGGUUUGACAUAUUUAAUUGCAAUUCCUAAGCUGUUCAUUUAACAUCCUUUUAAUUGUGUUAAAAAAAAAACCUACUGUUCAUGAUUACCAUUAAGCCAUGUCUCCUUAGUUAUUGUUUGCUCGUCGAGGAUUUCGGAUAUGAAUGAUGCAAAUACAUCAAAGCUGUUUUUAUGUCAAUUUCAAAUAAAUGUU